GUCAAAUACAAGAUGGAUGGAAUCACGACUGCCUCACGCUCAACGCAACUCUGAAACAAAGUCCCGUAUCGGAGCUUCGCGGCGUCCAAAGCAAACAAACUAGGCCAAAAUGGAGAGCCUGGUGCACUACUGUAACCCUGCCCAUGGUAUUUCCCUGCUGAGUGCACUAAACGAGCAGAGGUUAAAGGGCCAGCUCUGCGAUGUUGUCUUGUUAGUGGGUGAUCAACAGUACCAGGCACAUAAAAGCGUUCUCGCAUCCUGCAGUGAGUAUUUCCAGUCUGUGUUCUCCAGAAGGGACUCCGAGAACCAAUCUAUCAUUCAACUUGACUUCUGUGAGUCUGAUGCGUUCGAGAUUGUGCUUAACUAUAUAUACUCAUCAUCUCUGUUCGUGGAGAAAUGCAGCCUAGCCCCCAUACAAGAGCUGGGGUAUAGUCUUGGCAUUCCCUUUCUAACCAAAAUCAUGUCUGCGAGACCUCAGGCAUCAUACUGCGUGUCAAGAAAAAGGAUGUCGCUCACAGAGGAGGAGGACAGCGCUUAUCAAAAGAGAAGUGUUAUUGUGCACAAAGGUCAGAGUGAUGAGCCUGCAAUAGAUGUUGUUCCAAGGAGAAGUUUGAGUGUUCAGGGAAAACCAUGUAAGCGGACCUCAUCCAUCGCAGGGCAGCUCUCGCUAGCACGUGAAUUCAGUGAUCAGAGCCACUCUUCAGGACACGGAAGAUCAAAUGAAAAAGAAAACAGCUCCUCCAUUAGCAAAACAUCUAACGCAUCUACUGGUGAUUGCAGGUCCAUCAUCUCCUCCCCGACAUCCAUACUGAGGCGUCGAACAGAAUAUCGUCCAACAUCAAUAAGGCCACAGUUAACAUCCUCUGUAUCGUUCAGCGAGUCUGUGCAGCAUACAGGCCUACAGUCAGACCAAACCGAAGACUCCGCAGAAGAAAGAAUGGAGACAUCGCGUGAUUCCAGACCAGCAGGAGAGCAUCCACGCAACCAAACCAUAGACCGGAGUGGACCGCUCAUUAAAAGUCUGCUACGCAGAUCAUUGUCAAUGGAUAGUCCUGUUCCUGUUUUCUCUCCUGCCCUGGAGCUGAAAGACUCUCAAAGCCGAGAACAAUCUGUUGUACGGUUAAUUUCUCCAACAGGUAGGUCUGCAUCGCCUGAAAGUGAAGACCGGGUGUUUAAAGAUAUGCCUCUCAUUUUCAGGUCAAGAGAACGAAGUAUGUGCGAGACUGAGGGAACUCAGACGGCUCAUUUCAGAAUUAAAGCAGAACCCAGCAGUCCCCUCGCAGAUCCUUCUGAAAUCGUUCGCAUUACCGUCGGAGAUAACCUGCCGGUCAAUUUUAAAGACUUUCAAGCCAACUACGAUGAAGGCCCCAGAGGAUAUUUCACCCCCUCGAUGAAGAGGAAGAAUAAGCUGGAUGGGAGUUAUUUGCCCUUCAAGAGAACCAGACCUGUCAGUGAACAUCACCUCUCGCAUCAGGACAGUACUUUCGGUGAGGUACCUUACAAUUCUAAUGUUGACAAUAAUAAUGAGGAGCCCGGUGAGCUUAGGGCCAACAAAAUGUUUAAAUGCUGGAACUGCCUGAAGGUUUUCAGGUCGAACGCAGGUCUUUAUCGUCACGUCAACAUGUAUCACAACCCCGAGAAGCCAUACGCUUGUGACAUCUGCCACAAGCGCUUCCACACCAACUUCAAAGUCUGGACCCACUGCCAAACUCAGCAUGGCGUGGUGCAGAAUCCCGCACCCUCCUCCAGUUCCUAUUCGGUCCUCGAUGAGAAAUUUCAGAGGAAGCUAAUCGACAUUGUGAGAGAACGCGAGAUCAAAAAGGCUCUGAUUAUGAAGCUCAGGAGAUCAAAGCAAGGCCUGCAGUCACAAACCUUCGGCAGGAAAACCAGAAGAUCCAGGUCGUACGGAUGCCCCUUCUGUGGCAAAAUGUUCUAUUUCCAGUCACAUCUAAAACUGCACAUGAAGGGUCACGCCGCUGAGCCCGGUGACCUCGACAAUGAUCCUGAAAGAGACCUUCAGUACAAACAGCAGCAGCUAACACAUCUCAAAGAGAACCAAGAGCGAGACAUCUUUUGCUGCCGGCUGUGCAAUGAGAAGCUGCCCUCUCUUUUAGAACUAGAAGACCAUGAGAGAGCGUGCCGAUAUGCUACCGUAUGCCCGUACUGCGGUCUACGAUUCUCCAACACAGCUGUCAAGAAAGACCAUGAAGCUCACUGCAAGUACAAAAAGCUCACUUGCCUUGAAUGCAUGCGGACAUUUAAGUCCUCUUUUAGUAUAUGGCGCCAUCAGGUGGAGGUUCACAACCACAAUAUGAUGACCGUCAAAGAACAGCUGACCCUCGGUCUCCAGGAUACCAAUCACGGCGAGGAAUCGGACGCUCUCGGAGUUCCACCUUCUCAGGAGUCGAUGGACGAUAACAAAGAGGACGUCGUAUACAGCGACUCAUCGGUUCCACCCAUGUUCGAUUCUGAAGAUUCAUCAUCUUACGUCCCAGAGGAUCUAAGUUCCGGUCACGGGGAGCUGAGGGUAAAAGAGGAACCUCAGGAGGAACCAGUAUCAGCCAAGGACAAUGCGAGCGCAAGCUCGAUUGGAUCUGAGGAGCAUGGCGUGUGGCCUUGCGAAAAGUGUGGGAAGCUCUUCAGCGCCCACAAAGACCUGGAGCGACAUCAGGAACUGCUCUGUCACAUCAAACCUUUUAUCUGUCACAUAUGUCACAAAGCUUUCAGGACCAACUUCCGCCUCUGGAGUCACUAUCAGUCUCACAUGUCCACAUCGGAUGGAAUGAGAGAGAUCGACAGAGUUCCGUCGUCUCCGUCCCCUUCUCCGCCUCUCACAAUCGCUUUACCAGAUCCGCCGAGUUCUCAAGAACCUCCGCUCAGUGUGAGGCAGUCAGAAGCAGAGGUCCCAUCAGCCAAACUCAAAAGGCCAGAGCAGGACGACAGGACCGGUGAGGAUGAACUUGGAGAACAUUCGCACGCCAAGUCAAGCAGCACAGCUAUAACCCCUCAGGAAUCCGACACGCUAUUUUAUCACGCCCCAACUCUCUCAGCACUUACCUUUAAAAGGCAGUACAUGUGUAAAUUCUGUCACAGGACAUUUAAGACAGCGUUUAGUCUGUGGAGUCACGAACAGAGCCAUACGUAAGUGCGGGGAUCGCACAGUUGCACAUUGCGUCUCAGUUGUAGCCCUAACCAUUGGAGAAACUUUGUUCUCCUUAAAUUUAUCUCAUGAUUCACAUUGGGACACAUGCAGCCUUAUCGCUCAAAAGUGAUUUUAUGGUUGGUCAAACCCAGGGAUUUAUUAAUAACAUUUAAUCAUAUUCCAUAUUUCAGUAUUAAGACUGUCAGAGUUGCUUAAAAUAUUUUUUUUGUUUUCUUAAGCAUUUACCAGUGUUUAUUUAUUCUUAAUGCGAUUAUGUUUGCUUCUCUGGCUCCAACGAUCAAGAAAGACUGUAAAGUGAAACUGUCAACUUAAGAACUCUUCUUUAUGAUUUGUCUUUCAAAUUGUUGCAAACACAAAAACAUUUGUACGAUUACUCUUUAAAGAAGACGUACCAGUCUUAACCUCUCGUUUUAGUGGCCUUUUUUUGCUGUUAUUUAGCACUUUCAAGCAAUUCCAAAAAAUCAUCGAUCUCUAUCGAAAGCACAUGGUGCAGAAACGUUUUAAAUCUACCCAUAAUACCAUUAGCACCACAGCUUGACCAAUCAUCUCUUAGCCAUGAUCUUUGCUUAACCAAUCACAGACUUUUGAUUAUUGAAAUGUUUCUUACUAAAAAAAAAUGGGUUUUAUUUUUAUUACCGUAUGGGGCAGAAGAUCAGAUUUUAAACUUGUUCAGCCUUAUGUAAGUUAAAUAUAAGCAGGUAUUUGGGAAUAAAACUAUUAAAAGUAUUGUUACAUGCCCUAUCCUUACCUACUUUGAAUCUUGAUCAUUGAUCAUUGGUGAGAAUGAAUAAUAAAAUGACUGCACAGAAGGUUUUAAUAUGAAAGUGAAAACUUGAUGUAAAUUUGUGUUUGAAUCAUAUAAAAGGUUAAUAUACAAGCAGACAAAUAUGCCAGACAUCAAACAAAUAUAUGAGAAACUUUGAACACAGGUGUAUAAAUAUGUUUAUUUAAUUUCCGCAUUGCUUUAGUUGUAUUUUAAAAGUAUUCUGUUAAUGUGUUUAUUGAUAGUUAAGUAAACUCUCAUGGUAUUUUCAUUUAGAGAUUGUGCAUACUAUUCUGUGAUUGUAUUGAAGAAAUAGAAGGCUUUAUAUGUACAAAUAGCAGGUUUGGAUUGAUGUUCUAUAAGCGGUUAGUGUGUGCCUGCAACGUGGAUCUUCUAAUAUUUUUGUUGUACAGGAUAUGCAGUAUAUGUGGGAAUGAAUUCUCAUAAAUGUGUAUAAGAGAAAAGUAGAAAUAGAUUUGUAUGAGCCUUAGGUUUUUCACACUGUAUCGGUACUGUAUCAGUACAUUGUGAGCUCUACCGUGGUAUGAGCACAACUUACCAGAACUCAGUACUCAGUGAUUAUUGAAGUCUUGAUGCAAUGAUGUUGAGUGGUUGGACAUUCCCUGUUCCGUGACCUUUUAUUGUGACAUUAUCGCUCAGAAAAGACCUUUGUUCGAAUUGUUAAAGCACAAAGCAGUAGUCUUAUUUCUUGAUAUUUUCUUGUAUUUAGCAAGUGUUAAAAAUGCUAAGAAAUCAGAAAGUCUGCCUCUCUUAUGUUAGGGGAUGUUUGGUUUAGCAAGCUUGUGGCCUUUGUUAAGCACAAAAACAUAACAGAAUAUAUUGCUUUUCUUUGCAUUUUCUAUGAGCUACUAUCAUGUUAUCUAUAUUUUGAUUUAUAAAAAUAUAAUACAUUCCUUUGUUCCCCCACUUCCCAUAAGGACUCAACCAGUUUUAUUAGUUCUCAGAUUAGCAAUGCCUGAUUCAGUUUGCAUUUACACUUCACCCCAGUAUUACAUGACACCCAAUAUCAACUUUUUGUUAAUGGUUUGAUGUAAAUCAUAUUUAUCAGAUUAAUAUGGUUCUUUGAAAAAUUGUAUGACAGUGAAUGAACAGUAAUAAAAAAACACAUUGUGCUCUUUAAAACGCAUUUUGUUUGUCUUUGUAAAUGUUUUCUGUUUUACAAAAAUAACUCUUAUUGGUAUUCAUGUGGUAUCACUGCAAUAACAAAUAUUUUUAAGCACUUGAAUUGUUCUAAUGUGGCUUUAAAAACUGUAUCAGUUUUUGUGUUAAAGCAUUUUUCUACUAUUAUCUGUGCUUGCUUUCUAAAAUAAAUAUCAAUUUUGUGCUGUUUUUGUUUAUUCUG